UAUCUUCACACUUAAUUCGAAGCAACCUCUUUAUAUGUUGAGAUGAUGAUAAUGGGGAUAUGGAACCAAUAUCUUACGUUAUACCUUGCCUCUUUUUUUUUUUUUCGUUUCACUUUCACAGAGUACUUCUAGUACUUCCUCUGAACACCUUUGCCUCCCUCACCAGAGCUCUGCUUUGUUGCAACUAACGCAAGAGUUUGUUCAAAAGAGAAUGUAUUUUGAAUAUGAUGAUUACUAUAAUGGUUCUUAUCCAAAGAUGAAGUCUUGGAAGGCAGAUAGUGAUUGUUGUUCCUGGGAUGGGGUCACAUGCGAUACACUGAAUGGUGAGGUGAUUGGCUUAGACCUGAGCAAUAGUUGGCUUUAUGGGCCUCUCAACUCUAACAGCACCCUCUUCAGUUUUCGUCACCUUCGGAAACUCAACCUUGCCCUCAACAACUUCUCUUCCUCCACCCCAAUCCCAUCUGAAUUUGGCCAGUUUGUAAGGUUGACCCAUCUCAACCUCUCUCGUUCCUUCUUACAUGGCCGAAUCCCGUCGGAAAUUUCAGGGCUAUCCAAUUUGGUUUCACUUGAUCUAUCUUCCAAUUAUUUUGGUUACUCUGUUGGUGGUGAUUAUUAUGAGAAAUUGUUGGAUCUCAGAAGAAUUGAUCUCGAAGCACUUGUCCAGAACGUGACAUAUUUGAGAGAACUUCAUCUAGAUGAUGUGAACAUUUCGUCGUCACUACCUCAAUCCCUAGCAAAUUUGUCUUCCCUGACUUCUCUUUCUUUGUCUGAGUGCAAUUUGCGGGGUGAAUUUCCCUUAGAUAUUUUCCUGUUGCCCAAGAUACAAGCCAUUGAUCUGUCAUAUAACGAGGAACUCAUUGGUUUUCUUCCCAAAUUUCAAUCUCGUAGUUCCCUAAAGGAAUUGCGUCUUCCUGAAACAAAUUUUUCAGGGGAUUUGCCCAAUUCAAUUGGCAACCUCAAGUCCUUGAAUUAUUUGGAUCUUUCUUAUACAAUGAUUUCUGGUGAAUUGCCCAAUUCAAUUGGCAACCUCAAGUCCUUGAAUUAUUUGGAUCUUUCUUAUACAAAAUUUUCAAGGGAAUUGCCCAAUUCAAUCGGCAACCUCAAGUCCUUGAAUUAUUUGAAUCUUGAUUCAAGUAAUUUUUCAGGGGCAAUUCCCCCUUUUAUUGGAAACCUAUCACAGCUUACUUAUCUUUCCCUCUCAUAUAACAAUUUUCAUGGUCAGCUUCCAUCUACGGUGGGAAAACUUGCAAAACUCACUUCUCUAAGCCUUGACAAUAUCCUUUACCAUCGGGAAGUACCAUCUUUCUUGGGAAAUCUUACACAACUAGAAUACUUAAGCCUUUCGAAUAACGAUUUUGACUGUGGCUUCCCAAUUUGGCUAACAAAUAUUACUAAACUCCGCUCGAUAGACUUCUGGGGAAAUCAGUUGAAAGGGAAAAUUCCAUCCGAAAUAAGUAGACUUCCUAAUUUGUCAUACCUUGACUUGUCUCAAAACUCACUCACGGAUGCCAUUCCCUCGGUUUUGUUUACAACCCCUUCAUUGUCUUCACUAUCUCUAGAACAAAAUCAGCUGAUUGUCCCUCUCAAAUUCCAAAAUAUCUCUUUAUCACCACUAUAUUACCUGGGGCUGAGUGAAAACAAAAUGAAUGAAUGGAUGCUAAGGUCAAUUGUCAAUUUCACUAAGCUACAAGAUCUAGAACUUUCUUCGAUCAACCUAAAGGGCAUGGUGGAGUUGAACAAUUUCUUCAAGCUUAAAGAGCUUCGGUAUCUCGAUCUUUCAGGUAACAAAGUAUUUGUUUCAAAAGUAAACAUCAAUUCAACCCUCCCCAAAUUUUCAAAUUUGUGGUUGUCUUCAUGCAAUUUGUCUAAAUUUCCAGCUUUUCUAGAAGCCCAAAAUGAAUUGCAAUAUUUAGACCUUUCCAACAACAACAUUGAAGGUAACAUACCUAAAUGGUUUUGGAAUGUUGGAAAAGAGACAUUGGGAUACCUAAAUCUUUCCUAUAACCUUUUACGCAAAUUUGAGCAACCUCCAGUAGUUCUUCCAUGGAAAACUAUGUACCUUUUAGACUUGAGUUCCAACAUGUUGCAAGGGUCAUUUCCUAUUCCCCCAUUGUCUACACAAUAUUUUUUUGCCUCAAAAAAUAAAUUGACCGGAAGUAUCCCCUCAAUGAUAUGUAAGGUGCAUGCUCUGAAAGUCCUUGAUGUGUCUAAUAACCAAUUGAUUGGUCAAAUUCCACAAUGUUUGCUGAACUUAAGCAAUUCUCUUGAAGUAUUGGCUAUGAAAAAUAACCACUUUCAAGGAAACUUGCCUGAAACAUUCAAAAAUGGAUGUAGUUUGGUGACACUAGACUUGAAUCACAACCAAAUACAUGGGAAGAUUCCACGAUCACUAGUUAAAUGUCGAAUGCUAGAAGUUUUGAAUCUUGGAAAUAAUAAAUUGAAUGAUACAUUCCCUUUUUGGUUGGUGUCUUUAUCAGAGUUAAAGAUUCUUGUCUUGCGAGAAAAUGGAUUCUAUGGUCCUAUAUGGGAUCCUCAUAUAAAUUUUGGCUUGUCCAAGUUGCAUGUCAUUGACCUCUCUUACAACAAUUUCUCUGGCAAGUUACCAUCCAAUUACUUUCAAAACUGGAGUGCAAUCCAAGGGGUCACUGACAAAGACAAAUCACAAACAAGGUACAUGGGAGAUGGCUCCAAUUAUUACAAAGACUCAAUGACUAUAGUGAAUAAAGGAGUAGAAUUGGAAUUGGUAAAAAUCUUGACCAUCUUCACAGCUAUUGAUCUCUCUAACAAUCAGUUUUGUGGAGAAAUUCCAGAUAGCGUGGGGAACCUCAAGGUACUAAUUGUACUCAAUUUAUCAAGCAAUAACUUUACGAGCCAUAUCCCAUCAUCUUUGGGAAACCUAAUUGAGCUUGAAUCUUUGGAUCUUUCUCGAAAUAGCCUCUUUGGUGAAAUCCCUCAGCAGCUAACAAGCCUCACAUUUCUUGAGUAUUUAAACUUCUCUCAAAAUCAACUAUUUGGUCCAAUUCCACAAGGUGGGCAGUUUUUGACAUUUCAAAGUUCCUCUUUCGAGGGAAACUCUGGAUUGUGUGGCUUUCAAUUGUCCAAGAAAUGUGGAACUAAUGAGAUACUAACUUCUGAAAUGAGACAUGAAUCAUUAUUGGGAGAAGGAUUUGGUUGGAAAGUGGUAGUGAUUGGAUAUGCUUGUGGAUUGGUAAUUGGAUUGCUUACCGGACAUGUUGUCACCUCAAGAAGGACGGAUUGGCUAGUGAGAAAUUUUGGAGUGAACUUACGUAGGUGA